AUGCAUUCCCACUGCCUCCUCCUACUGAUCCUCCCGCUCGUCCUCGCGGCGCCGCUCCCGGCUCCCCUCCCGCAAUUCGCCGGCAUCGGCCCAUGGGAGGGCGAGUUCUUCGGGCGGGACCCUCGGCAGUCCCGCGGGCCGGCCCGCGCCGCACCAUACAACCCGCACGCGCUCCCGCCGCCCCCCUACGGCCCGCCCGCGUACUACGGCGUCCCCAACUCCUACGGCGCGCAACCUGUGCCGCCGUAUCUAUACGAGCCCCCCCAGUCCUACCCGGGCCUCUACGAUCCCUACACCUCGCCCGCCUACUACUCCCCCGCACCUCCCCUCUUCCCCAACGCCCCCAACACCGACCCCUUCGAGAAGUACCACGUUAUCGGCGUCGACCCCACCGCCGGCCAGGGGGAUUUCAUGCAGCCGCCGCCGCCGCCGCCGCCGCCGAUCGACCUGAUGAACGCGUCGAAGGAGGAGCUGGCGGCGGCGCUGCCGCCGCCACCGGCGCCGAAGCCGAAAGCUUCGGAGAAGCCUGCGUCCGAAGCGAAGGGGCCGGCUGAGGGUGAGGGAAGGCCGGAGAAGAAGAAGGGGGAGAAGAAGAAGGGGGAGGAGAAGGAGGAGGAGAAGGAGAAGGCGCCCAGGCCGUUCGAUUUCAUGGGCGGCCGCUGGGGAAUCGCCGGACAGGGCGCGCUGAUUGAUGCCGCCCGCGGCGACCAUAAGUACAAGCACAGCAGUGAGCGGGAGGACCGCCGGAACCGGUGGGGCGGCGAGAAGACUGCGGCGGAGAAGCAGGCAGCGAAGGAGGAGGAGGAGGAGGAGGAGGAGGAGGAGGAGGUUAAGCAGGCGAUGCCCGAGGUCACGGUCGAGCAUGCGGCGGAUCCAGAGCACCCGCUCAAGUAUAAGGUCAAUGUGGGCGGCAUCAAGACGGGUCCCGACGAUGAGACCGGCCCGAGCAAUUUUCACGUGUUCACUAAUGAGGGCACUAAGAAGUACAGUGGAGACGAUAUGAGCCCCGAGACGCAGAAGUAUAUUAUCGAGAAGAUGUUGCCGAAGAUUGGUGGGCGCAGGAGGAAGGGGGGAAAUAGCGGCGGGAAUGUUUUCUCCGUUUUCGGCGAUGAUUAG